UCCAGAUAUAGUUUUGAUGAAUCAUCUUAUCAGAUGUUCCAGAUGAUGAGGUUUUCUGUAGAAGAAAUUAACAACUCUUCCACUCUCCUGCCAAACGUCUCACUGGGCUAUGAGAUCUUUAACCGUUGCUCAGACACACAGAAUUUUCCCUCUGUCCUUGCUUUAAUCGCUCAAAACGGAUCUAUUCCUGCGCCGAGAUAUUUCAACCACUAUCAGCCUAAAAUAAUUGCUGUGACAGGGCCGCAUGAAAGCACUAGAUCAAUCACAGUGUCACAGUUCUUCAUGAUGGACCUUAUUCCAAUGGUAAACUAUGGAGCGUCAAAUUACGAUCUGAGCAACAAAAAGUUGUACCCAUCUUUUUUAAGAACGGUGCCUAACAACAAAGUCCUGGUGGAGAUCAUUAUCCGCAUCAUCAAAUGGUUCGGAUGGAACUGGGUUGCCUUUAUCGGCAGCCACGACGAUUACAGCCGCGAUGGCCUAAAAUUGUUCACACAAGAACUCAGAGAUUAUAACAUCUGUUUGGCCUAUCAAGAAAUACUAGAACAAGAUUCUAAUUACCAGUCAACAUUGCAAACAUUAGAAAAACUCAACGUGAAAGUCAUAGUGGUUUUUUCAUCGGUUGAUGUGGCAAAAAAUAUUAUAAAAGCUGCUAUAAAGAACAACAUCAGAAAUAAAGUCUGGAUCGCUGGUGAAGGUUGGUCUAUGAACAAACAGAUUCCAAAUGAGCCGGGAAUUCAGAACAUUGGUAACGUUUUUGGCAUCACAGAAAAGAAAAUGUCCUUUCCUGGAUUCAAUCAGUUCAUCUACAGCUCACGGACGAACGGCGAUGGUAAACACUCCAUGAAGGGCAAAAACCAGCCUCCCCAGACACAAAAAAGAAUGUGCAACCAAGUCUGUAAUAACUGCACCUAUAUCGAUUCAGAGAACAUUAUAAACGAAAAUCCUACAUUUUCUUUUCCUAUUUAUGCUGCAAUCUACACCAUGGCACAUGCAUUACACAAUGUUCUGCAAUGCGACGAAAAUGGUUGCAACAGGAACAUGUCGGUUUACCCUUUUAUGCUAUUGAAGGAAAUGAAGAAGCUGAAUUUUACCCUUAAUGGUCGCCAAGUUAUGUACGAUAACAAAGGAGAUACACUUGUCGCUUAUGAUGUCGUCUACUGGUCUCUCGGAACCGGUUCUUCAGUCAAGAGAAUUGGUUCAUACACCACUUACCCGAAAAUCUCAUUCUCCAUCAACAACUCCCUGAUAGGAUGGGAUAGGAAUGCAUCUGUACCUUUUGGAAACUGCUCUGCUCAGUGUCAGAAGGGAUUCCAAAGGCAGAGGGACAACAAUCACGCUUGCUGUUUUCAAUGCAAGAUCUGCCAAAGGAACACCUAUGUCAACUAUACGCAAAACCCCUACGCUUGUGUUGCAUGUAAUGCAGAUGAAUGGUCAGAACAGGGAAGCACAUCCUGCAAGAAGCGCUCUAUCCUGUAUCUGCAUUAUACAAACCCUCUUUCUUUAGUAAUUCUGGCAUUUUCUGUAUUGUUUAUCGUUCUAUGUAUUGCAAUCACUAUCCUGUUCUUAUACAGUAUUAACACACCAGUGGUAAAAUCUGCCGGUGGCAAUAUGUGUUUCAUCAUGUUAGCUUCUCUGGCUAUGUCCUCCAUAAGCGUGUUCUUUUUCUUUGAACAACCAACAAUGAUCAGUUGCAUCUUUAGGAAUGUUAUGUUUUAUGUUUUCUACACUAUUAGCAUCUCCUGUCUGGCUGUGCGUUCCUUUCAAAUCGUCUGCAUCUUCAAAAUGGCUGCGAAGUUUCCCAAAAUUUACAGAUUGUGGGUGCAGCACAACGGCCAGUGGCUUGUCAUCGCAAUGUUUCCUUUUUUUCAACUAAUGAUUUUGGUUCUGUGGGUGAUUCUAAAAACUCCUGAUUCUUCCACAAAUACAGAAUUUUAUUAUGAUGCGAUUAUCCUUGGCUGUUCAACAGGGCAUUUUGGGUUUAAAUGUGUAAGUGUGUUCUUUACUUGGUCCCUCAGUGUCCUGUGUUUUUCUUUCUCCUACAUGGGAACCGAUCUACCCAAAAACUACAACGAAGCCAAAUCUAUAACAUUCAGCAUGCUUUUGUUUUAUAUAAGCUGGUCGUUUUACUUCACGGCAAACAUGAUAUCUGCAGACCCACACGUCCAGCUUCUCAAUGCAGUGGCACAGCUGUUCAGCCUGUAUGGUAUCCUAAUGAGUUACUUUAUUCCAAAGUCUUACGUUAUUGUAUUUCAACCGAAAAAGAACACACAGGCAUACUUUCAGACAUCAAUUCAGACUUACACCCAAACCAUGAGUAGAAUGUAA